AUGGCCGGGGUAUUUGGUAAUGAAGGCCAGGGAGGUCAAUUCCCGCUAGAGCAAUGGUUCUAUGAAAUGCCUCCCUGUACGCGAUGGUGGACAGCUGCCACGGUGGCCACGUCUGUUCUGGUUCAAUGCGAGGCCGUCUCGCCCAUGCAGCUUUAUUAUAGUUUGCCUGCUGUAUAUGUGCGAUCGCAGUACUGGCGUAUACUCACCACAUUCCUAUACUUCGGUCCCCUCAACCUCGACCUUUUGUUUCAUGUUUUCUUCCUCCAACGCUACUCCCGACUUCUGGAAGAAUCCUCCGGCCGUUCCCCCGCCUAUUUCUCCUGGCUACUCUUCUACGCCAUGAGCUCACUUCUCAUCCUCUCCCCCUUCGUGUCCCUACCAUACCUUGGCCAAGCCCUCUCCUCGACUUUGGUCUACAUAUGGAGUCGCCGAAACCCCGACACCCGACUCAGCUUUUUGGGGUUGCUAGUAUUCACAGCGCCAUACCUGCCAUGGGUGUUGAUGGCGUUCCAUUUCUUGGUUCAUGGCACCGUACCCAAGGAUGAUAUCUGUGGUGUGAUUGUGGGGCAUGUGUGGUAUUUCUUUUCCGAUGUCUAUCCGUCAUUGCAUGAUGGCCAUCGCCCAUUGGAUCCGCCGGGGUGGUGGAGGAGGAUAUUUGAGGGCGGGAGUACGAGGCCGACGACGAAUGUGAUUCGUGAUGAGCGCGAGACAGAUGAUACGCAGGCUGCGAACAUUAAUCAACAUAUUGCCCGGACGGCCGCGCCAGAGGUGCGAUGA